UAGGGAUUGAUUGGCACUCAUAAACACAGUCCAUCAUAAACACAAAAACAUUUAAAACUUUCCCUCCAAUUUCUCUCACCGUCCAAACACACCUCCACUCAGUCCCUCAAAUUUAAUUCCUUUCCCAAAAAUCUCAAAUCCCUAAUCUCCAUGAAAAUUCAUCAUCAAGACUCCAUUUUUAAACCCCCAAUCACUUCUUCUUCUUCUUCCUCCCCUUCUCCCCUUUUCAAUUCUCAAAUUACCCACGACGAUUCUCCUCUGCCUCUGCCUCUGCCUCUUCGCGUGGCAGAUGUCUUAUUAUUCGACGAUAAAGACGACGACGUCUUGGAUGAGUUGUUGAUGAUGGGAGAAGAGGCGAGAUGUAGAGGGUGGCAGAGGAGUUCAAGCUGUUACCCUCCUCACCGGAUUGCUGCUCGAUGGAUCUCUGGUUUGAGGCGGAACAGAGUGAAAGAGAGUAAAAAGGAUGAAUUGGGUGGUGAUGGGAUUGUGCAGGUUAGGCGUUCGAUGAAAGGGCUCAACGAGCAGGAUUCGCGGAAUUCGGCUUCCGAGAUAACUGUUUCAGAACAGUGUAACAGGGAGGCUACUGUCAACCUUGGAGUUGGAUGUUGUCUAUUACAUUUAAUUGCAGCGAGUAAAAAUGAACUUGAUAAGAUGUUGGAAAUGCGAAUGCAAAUGGAGAAGCUUCUUGAAAAUGUGAGAGAGGAAUUGCGAAAGAAAGAUGGUCUCUCUAAGCCAUCUAACGUGUGUGCUUAUUCAACCACGCACAUUGUAGACGGUCCGGAUUUUGAGACCCAACUUUCUCCGCAAAUAUUUACAUCGUCAUAUGUUUUGCCAGGGUCGUCAGCAAUUACUGUUUGUGAUCAUUCUUUGAGAUGGGAGACGCCCAUGCAAGAAGAGUGUUCAGAAGGAAUGGAUAAACUUGAGGCAGAACUUGAAGUUGAGCUAGAGAGAUUGCAACUUCACUUAGAUACAGUAGAUAAUUCGGUGAAAUGUCCACAGAAGAAAGGGAGAUGGGUCACAAAUGAGGACAUUGCUACGUCAAAAAGCCAGACUGGAAGUUCUGGAGAAGUAGUUGCUUUUGUAUUUGAAGACCAAGCAGCAGGCUCAGAAGAGCAUCGCGGUGUUCCUCCUCGUGAAUUGGAGCGGAGGUUGCACGAAUUACUCGAAUCAAGACAGCAAGAACAUAUAAGAGAGUUAGAAGCUAAACUAGAAUGUCUUGAGCACAAGCUCCGGGAGAAAGAAAUGGAGGUUUCUUGGUGGAAAGACACUGCACGUCUUAUUUCUCGCCACCUUCCAGGAUCUUCAAAAUUCAGUUCACAUCAUCUUGCAAAACUUCUUAGUCCUUAACAUGAGCAUCAAAUUUAUAACAGCUUUCGCUUUUGGAAUGUUUAUGUGCCCCCAAGCCUGUUGUUGUAAUUGGUGUUUGAUGACAUUGUGACAAGACUGUUUUGCCUUGGGACUACACAGUGUCCCUGUAAUGCAGUGGGCGAUGCAAAAAAAGGAAAGAUGGGCAGCGAUUGAAACUGCAAAUUUCUAUUU